UGACAAAUACCUAGUAGGCCUAGGCCUAUUACAUGUGUAUAUCCACGAUAUUUCCACUGAACAGGCAACGUGAAAGACAGUUCAGACAGCCAAGGUCGCGGUAUGAAUAGCCAGACGUUUCUACAUGCACAGACGACCUCGAACGACAAUGGAUGGGUCAGAUCAAGGACGCCCUUGAACUCUGAACUCUGAACAGUAAGACUCCAGAAAAACUGAUUCUUGGGAAGACAGUCUGGACAGUGGGUGAUGCUAUAAACUCUACUGACAUUACAAAGGUCGUUGUUGAAUUGUUCAGACAGAUGACAGAUGACCGUUGCCAUAUUGCAAGGUCACACUCGAAAGAAGUCCAGUUUAGUCCGAUCACUUUGCAUGAAAGUCAGCGGAAAGUGAGACCAGCCAGUGACAUUCUAGACAAACAAGUUGACACAACUCUGCUGCAUUAGCGAUAGGAAUAUCCAUUUUGUGUAAACACAGCGGUGACACACUGAUAAAUGUAGACCCCCUAUCAGAUAAUACUUUUAUAAAACAGGUUCAAGAAGAUGCCUGGUGAUAAAGACGAUGCUUUACAUAAUGGUGUGGCUGACGACGGGCUUCCUCCAUCAAUGAAAAAUAGGACGACGGAAAGCGUUUCCCUAGCAGGGGUCACUUCUACCUCAGAGGAGUUGAAAAAGGUGACUUUUGAUAAAUCACCACACGUUGAGACUUACACAGAUACAAUGGAAGUAAGCGAGAUGACCAAAACCAAUUUUUAUACAGGGCCAACCGACAACGUGGUCUUGAGGACAUUUCGCAAUGCGCUCACAUCAAUCUGGGAAUUCAUUACCGCUUUAGCUGCAUUCCUCCUGCUACUGGUCCUUUUGCCAGUGCUUCUUCCGCUGUCUCUUAGUUUUCGCAUAUAUAGACGGGUUGACGAACAGAUUAUUAGAUACAAAACAAAUGGAGAAGCAGCGGUGAUAAAAGGCGUAGAUUCGAUAUGGUUGCAAGACACACCGAACAACCGUGCCAUCAUAAAUGCCAUCCUCGCUGCCAAGGGACAGGGUGACGUCAUCAAGUGGAGAGAAAUCUUGUUGAAAAAGUUUGUCUUAGCAAAGAACGAUCACGGGGAAAUCCUCUUUCCAAAACUGAGGGAGUACCCCACGACAUUGCUCCACAGAUACAUAUGGAUGCCCGAAAAGGACUUUGACAUAGCCAACCACGUGUAUAUGUAUGAUGGACUUCCCCUCAAAAACAAGAAAGACCUUGAAGAAUGUGUUGGAAAAUUAAGUCAGAGAGCAUUUAAGAAGAGGCAGGCACAGUGGGAGGUUAUUGUCAUACCCCCAACGAAGGACGCAGGCGGCACUUACUAUGCUCUAUUUCGCGCCCACCAUUCUAUUGCUGACGGCAUUUCCUUCGUGAGAGCGUUCCUGCAAAACCUUGUGGACAAUCCGCUCAAAGAAGAAGAAACAAAACGGUACGCUUCGACUGUGUCUAAAACCUGGUUUACGAUCGCGGCCAUUUUUUUCGGACCGAAAUUAGCGCUCCAGCGACUGGCGGCGGUUGGCGAUCACAGUUGUCUGCACGGGCGGGAAAUGUCCGGCGUGAAGCUGGUCACUUGGUCUGAUCCCAUCAGCCUAGCGUUAGUGAAAAAGAUCAAAAAUGCCACAAAAACAACAGUCAACGACGUCCUUAUGUCUUGCAUGGCGGGCGCUUUCACUGACUACUUUGCUUCUCGCAAAGAAAUCCCACCGACACAUUUGUUGACUACAAUCCCCGUUGCCUUACAAGCAGCGUCGGAGGAAAUCAGUCUCGAAAACCGUUUUUCCCUAGUUUUCCUACGUCUUCCUACCUCCAUCUCAGAUGACAUAGAGCGUCUCCGAGUUACCAAACAGCGCAUGGACGCAAUCAAACGCACGCCAGAGCCCCUUGUGAAUGAGUUUCUGAUACGUUACAGCAUGAGCCGUUUACCGGGCAGCCUCACGCGGCGGCUGUUUGAUGGACUUGGAAGGAAAUCUUCGAUGAUUUUAUCCAACGUUCCUGGUCCUCAGCAUCACAUACAGAUAGCUGGAAGUGAGGUCACCAUGAUGACAUUUUGGCCACCACAAAGAGCUAAUGGGUCACUUCUACCUCAGAGGAGUUGA